AGCCAAACUAAUCCCAUUCUCUGUUAGCUGCUUUCCUUUCCAGCGCUCACUCUGACUGCCAGAACCUGAUCUGGAGCGAUGGACGUUUUCAGAGUCAUGGGGGUUUUAGAUGUUUUCCUCCGGUCCUCCUUGACCUCAUGGUUGGUAGCUCUGGCUGUCCUGCUGCUGGUCUAUUUCAUCGCCUCCAGCUUUAGUUCUGGAAAACAUGGGAAGGAGCCGCCGGGCCCGAGACCACUUCCUCUGAUUGGAAACCUUCUGCAGAUUGACCUGAGCAGACCGUACCACACAUUCCAGGAGUUUUCUAAGAAGUAUGGAUCAGUCUUCACUGUGUAUCUUGGGCCCCAAAAAGUGGUGGUUCUGACCGGAUACCAGACGGUGAGGGAGGCUCUGGUUCAGCACGACGAGGAGUUUGGAGACCGGGACUCAUUUCAGAUUUUACGUGACUUCAACAAAGGGCAUGGGGUUUUGUGGUCGAACGGUGACUCUUGGAGAGAAAUGCGACGCUUUGCUUUGACAAACCUCAGGGACUUUGGGAUGGGCAAGAAGGCGUGUGAAGACAAAAUCAUCGAGGAGUGUCAGCAUCUCAUUGAGGUUUUUAAGAAUUUCAAAGGAAAACCUUUUGACACAAUGCAGCCGACUAACUACGCCGUCUCCAACAUCAUCUGCUCCAUGGUGUACGGCAGCAGAUUUGAAUACAGUGACCCAGAGUUCACAUCAAUGGUGGAUCGAACCAACAGGAACGUUCUGCUCAGCGGUUCUCUUUCCCUUCAGCUUUACAACAUGUUUCCACGCAUCUUUAAAUGGGUCGCAAGGAGGAAGGAGUUCGUAGAAAUGGCUGUAGCCAAUCAGAAGCAGAACUUCGCCCUCUUCAGGCGGUUAAAGGAGACGCUGAACCCGGAGAUGUGCAGAGGCUUUGUGGACGCCUUUCUGGUUCGCAAGCAGAACCUGGAGGCAUCUGGUAAUAAAAACAGCCACUUCCAUAAUGAGAACCUGCUAAUGACGGUCACAAACUUAUUCAGCGCCGGGACUGAAACAACAUCCACCACUCUGAGAUGGGGGCUUCUCCUCAUGGCCAAAUAUCCAAAGAUACAAGACCGGGUCCAGGAGGAGCUGAGGAGGGUGAUAGGAGAUCGGCAGGUUCAGGUUUCAGACAGGAAGAGUCUGCAGUUCACUGAUGCCGUGAUCCACGAGACACAAAGACUGGCCAGCAUCGUUCCCACCGCGCUGCCUCACAGAACCAGCAGAGACAUCACCUUCCAGGGUUCCUUUAUCAAGAAGGGAACCACAGUCUAUCCCCUCCUGACUUCCGUCCUGCAUGACCCCAGUGAGUGGGAGAAACCCCACAGCUUUCAUCCUGCUCACUUUCUGGACAAAGAUGGCAAAUUUGUAAAGCGUGACGCCUUCCUGCCGUUUUCUGCCGGUCGCAGGAUCUGCCUUGGAGAGAGUUUAGCCAGGAUGGAGCUGUUCAUCUUCUUCACCACCCUGCUGCAGCACUUCCGCUUCACUCCAGCACCAGGAGUUAGAGAAGACGACCUGGACCUGACGCCACGCGGAGGCAUCACUCUCAGCCCGAUGCCUCAUCUACUGUGUGCUGUUCCUCAGAUGUGAAGAAGAAUCAACAGUUCAUGCAAAGCUUUAUUUUAUGAAUCUCUAUGUCAGAGUGUGACAGAGAACAAUCUCCCAAAACUAUAUUUGUAAAACAGACACUGUUCGUGCUUAUUAAGUAAUGAAUAAAAAUCAUGCAAUAAGUCUAAAUAAAUCAUAAAAAAGAAUUUUAGUUAAAUGUUUCGUGACGUGUGGCUAAGCUAAGCUUAUCCCAGAAUAAGAUUAAAAUUAC